AUGGAGAGCCCGCGGAGCCCCGAGGCGGAGAUCGGCCACCGCGUGGAGGACCUCUGGGAGGUGGCGGAGCCGCAGCUCUCGCCGUCGGAGAAGCUCAACUCCUGCUUCGAGGACAUCCCCGUCGCCUCCUUCCCGCGAACACACCCGUCGCAAGUCAUUGAGAUUCCUUCAGAUGCAAGUCUUGCUGAAACUGUAGAAAUAUUAUCCAAAAACAAAAUCUUGAGUGCACCCAUAAGAAAUGUUGAGGCUCCAGAAGAUGCUAGUUGGAUGGACAAAUACAUCGGCAUUGUGGAAUUUGCUGGUAUUGCCAUGUGGUUGCUCAGUCAGUCUGAUGCUGCAGUUAAUGGGACAGUUGGUUCGGGAGCAGGAUCACCUGUCUCCAAUCUAGUUUCUAGGCUGGGUUCUUUCACAUUCAGAAGGACAUCAUCUGGCAGGGUAGAAACUGCUACUGAUUUUGAAUCAGAUGAAGCAGCGUCGGUUGGUGGGAGCUUUUUUGAAACCCUAACUUCCUCUGAAUUCUACAAGAAUACAAAGGUUGGCGAUAUCUCAGGGAGCUUCCGCUGGGCACCAUUUCUUGCACUGCAGACAUCUGACACAUUCCUUACCAUGUUGCUGCUUCUAUCCAAGUACAGAAUGAAGAGCCUGCCAGUUGUAGAAGUGGGAGGAGAUAAGAUUGAGAAUAUUAUCACACAAUCCUCUGUCGUACACAUGCUUGCAGAGUGUGUUGGGCUCUCCUGGUUUGAGAGCUGGGGAACUAAGAAACUCUCUGAACUGGGGCUUCCUAUCAUGAAACCAUCUAAACUUGUCAAGGUAAACGAAGAUCAGCCAGUUCUGAAAGCUUUCCAACUGAUGAGGGAAAAGGGAGUUGGUGGCCUGCCAGUCAUGGACACAAGUGGAGCAAAAGCAAUUGGCAAUAUUAGCAUCAGAGAUGUCCAGUAUCUUUUAACUGCCCCCAAGAUAUACAAAGAGCACAGGUCAAUCACGACAAAAGAUUUCCUUAGUGCUGUUCGACACCAUCUCCAGGAACAGUGUGAGGCCUCACCAUUGCUGCAUGAUGUAAUCACUUGCAAAAAGGAUGAUACAAUUAAGGACAUCAUACUGAAGCUGGACUCUGAGAAGAUCCACAGGAUCUACGUUGUAGAUGACAAAGGGAACACCGAGGGAGUCAUCACCUUGAGGGACAUAAUCUCCAAGCUGGUGCAUGAGCCGCGCCAUUACUUUGGGGAUUUCUUUGAUGGUGUUGUUCCCCUGCCUGCAAACAGCACUGUAUGA